AUGGCUUCCAUGCCGUUGGAACGUCUGAAAGUUCUGGAUGAGAUUGAAAAAGACAUAGCGCAAGUCCUCACUUCAGCAUCUCAUGCGUUGGCGGAAAUCAGCAAGGACAAGCCGAGCCAGAAGCAGGUCGACCAGCACAAUACGCAGUUCUUGAAUACCCUGAGCAGUGUGGAAACAGAGUUAACAAAGCACAUAAAUUACUUGAUACAAGUAUCCACGGGACAGCCACAUGAAGGCUCUAUAGUUAUGCAGCCCAGAAAUCCUUACUCAUGGCCGGACAGCGUCUGGAUCACUCCAAACGGAGACUGUCAGAAUUAA